AUGUUGGGGAGGACGAGAGUGGCGGCGGCCGAGAGUGUGGUCGGUGGUUCCGGCGAGGGCAGCAAGGAGAGACAGGCUUCACUAUCCGGCGAUCUGCCUGUCGAGGAUGCAUGGGCCGUGGUCAAGUGUGAAGCAUCUGCCGCAGAGUCCGCCCAGGGCCAGGCCGCGGCAGGCGAGGCCAAUGAGAAGAGAUUCCGCGGCGUCUUUGCCUGUGUGUUCUCUGCGCGCGUACGGUUACCCCAUGCGGGGAAGGGAAGGGUCAGGGUCUGGCCGCAGGCACUGAACGCUAGCUCGCUCACGACUCGCCAAGUAGCUUCACCGGCACUUCCUCCUCCUUCCUCCCGCCCGCCGCGCACACAGUCGUUUCCACCAACCGUCUCAUCCUCACUCACUCAUACACACUUCACACCCAACUACUGCUCUUCCUCUGCCAUCCUCGAUCAAACACCUUCCGCUUCAGCGUCGACGGCCAUCAAUCCGAUGACAAUGUCAGCAAACGGCCAAGCCGCCGCCGCCCAGGACCUCGGCAUCGACAACGGCCAGUCCAGCGAUGACAUGGAUGUCGAGCCCCAGCACAACAAUGAGAACGGAAACGGAAACCCCCUCGACAAGGAAGGCAUCCCGCCCAGUUCUGGCAAAGCCACGCUUAAACGGUACGCAUCUACAACAACCACGCACACAACCGUGCCCCUACCGCAGUCGUGUACUAACCUCACAGUGGAGACGCGUGCUUGGCGUGCAGGAAACGUCGAAUUCGCCGACAAGCCAGCUUGUGCCACCUGUGUCCGACUGAAGAAGGAGUGCAAGUAUGAGACGGGCAAGAGCACGUCGCGCAUCGCCGUGUUGAAGGCGCGGAUCGCGGAGCUCGAAUCGCAGCUCUCUCAAGGCCCGCCGCAGGUUACCUCGCCGUCUAACUCGACCUCUUCUCGAGGCAGUGGAUCCAACGGAGCCGCCACCAUCAGCCCGUCAGCGCUUGGUUUCGCUAUCCCGACUGCCCAGGGGCACAUCCUCACGGUGCCGCCGGAAAUGGCGCCGUCUGUUGUCGGGAGUGCAGGAUCGGGCGGGCACCACUCGCACAUGGCCGGCGGCCAUCACCAGCCUCAUCACCCGACCCCUCUUCACCAGCACAGCCAACCUCACUCUCAUGGACACGGCCACCACCACCAGCAGGGUUCCAUUCCAAUGGCGCAACGGAGUGCUCAGGCUGACCCGACACUCCUGCGGUCACCUCGCAGCGGUAACCCGUACCCGCAGAGCACUGGCCCGCGUCCGCUCGGCGAACCGAACCCAAACUUUGACUUUGAUCUGUCCUUCCUCGACCAACCGGUGCAUGAUCUUAGUAACAGCAUGCACAUGGCGAACAUGUCGUCGGGAUCGGGCGAUGCUGACAGCCGCGAAGGUAGUGCCGGUCGCGCCUUCAGCUCGCUCACAAAUCUUGUUGGAAUCCACAAGGACGACAACUCUAGUCUGCGCGGCAGCAUCGACGACGGCGAGAACCAGUUCGAGGUCAUUCCGCACGGAGAAAUCAGCAUCCUGCCGAACGUGCCGCAGGGACGGGAUGUGGUCGGAGGUUGGUUCGACCCGAAUGAUGUGCCGCCGGCAGUGAGGGACCACCUACUCGACCUGUUCUUCUCGAGGUGCAACUCUGGCACGAAGGCGCUGUUCGGCAUCACGCUGCAUCUCCCGCGCUUCUACACCCGCCUGACUCUGCUCCCGCAGAAGCGGCCACACCCGGGACUGCUGUACAGCAUGUUCUGUUGUGCGGCGCGCGUGUCGAUGCAGCCGGCGAUCAGGCAACUGGAAAAGCAGUUCUACGAAAUUGCCGAGAAGAGGUGUCGCCAGGCUGUGGCAAACCAUGACCGACUGCUGGACGCUCUGCGCGGAAUGACUCUGCUGGCUAAUUACCUCUUUGCUUCUGAGCAGUAUGCCCCCGGAUAUCACAUGACCGGAGCAGCCGUCCGACUCGCGAUUUCGUGUGGCCUGGACCGCAUCCCCUCAUCCGUCUGGGCACCACCACCGCCGUUCAACGCUGCCAUCCACUGCACAUUGCGCACGGGAGGCUACGCAUUGCAGCCGCCGGAAGAUGCGAUCGACCUCGCCGAGCGGAUAUACGCAUUCUGGGCAGUGUACGAGGUGGACUGCUGCACAGCGGUCGCUUAUCUUUGGCACACUGGCCUGGCCAUUGAGGACAUUCGGACACCCUUCCCCCGCCCCAUGAUCGAGUACGAGCUAGGCCUUGUUAGCACCAAGGAUGACGUGACCAUGAACUCGGUCAUUGACCCGCCACCGAUGCCACCCUCUGGAGGUGAUCAGUCAUUCCUCGUCCUGCGUCUGAAGGCCGUCACGCUACUUGCUCGUGUGCACAAGUUGCGACAGGAGGCCCCAGAAAUUCCGUUCGAGAGCCCCGGAUCCCCCGGUGCGGGGCGCACGGCUCACGGUUGCUCGUACCCCGGAUCUGCCCAGCCCGCCUUCAUCACCCACCCGACGGGCUUUGGCCGGAUGAAGGCGGCGCUCGACUACUUUAUCGACCACCUGCCCGAUGCAGACCGGCCACCGUGGCGCUGGGACGAGGGCAACCAGACGACACUGCCUCGUGUGCAGCUGUCGCGCGAGACGUGCGUGCUGCACUUCCUCAUCGGCAACGCGUACAUGCAGCUGUGGAACAUUCGCGCGCUCGACGCCGAGAAUGCGGUUGCGCUGCUGGUCGCUCGUCGACUGGUCAACGUCAUGUUCCUGUACCAGACGGAGCCGAUGUCGACGGGCUACGACAUCUUCAUGAUCACGAUCUGGAAUGAGGUGGCGAUGGUCCUCGUGCGCGAGGUGAAGCGCCUGCAGUUCCUGGGCCUCGACGACCGGGCGGCCGAAAUUGACGCGGACCUCGGUGUCGCGAUCAACUCGCUCAAGAAGUGGGGCGACGUCGAUAUCGCCGUCAAGCAGAAGGAGGGCAAGCCGCCACCCAAGCUCACGGGCGACCACGACAUUCUGGGACUCAUGGAGGAGUCGCCGAACCCGUCGGGUGUGACGGAGCUCGAUGGCGCGGACAUUGCCGCGAUCAACGGCAAGAUGCUCGAGCAGCUGCGCAUGAUGUCGCGGGAGGACUGGGGUGAGGCGAUGGCCGAGUCGCGCCGGCGGUACGGCGGCGGCGAGAUGCCACUUGGGACGAUGCCUUCGAACAUUGGAUAG